AUGUACGCCAAGUCUGUGUUCGCAUCAAGUGUGCUUGCUGGCAUUGCUGCCGCAGCACCAGCACCAAGUGCUCCGGCCUAUGCUCCUGCAGCAUCUUACUCUGGGAUACCGGGUUAUCUCAACGCUGAUGCGCCUUAUGCUAGCGAGGAGCCAACUCCCAUCACCUUCAUCCCUACAAGCUUCGGAUUGGACUCCCAAAUCUCAGCCAUUGCUACUGCGGCACCGACUGGCACAGAAUCGGGUGCCGCUGGUACUCAACGAAGCUCUCUGCCCACUGGACACACAUCUCACGGACCUUUCGAAGGUUCAGCUACCACUACCGGAGCUGUUUCCACCACAGUGCUCGCCGCCAGCGUUGGAACUCUUCCACCAAACCCAACAGCUACAUACUACAACACCAAUGGCCUGCUCCAAGAGCCUCAACCGGCCCCGUACACCCCUGCAGGUGGACUUGGCACCAACGGCUCCCUUCCUCGAUACAUGGUCGAAAGUGACUUUGACUACGAAUCCAUCCAGCUUGGUCUGUACCAGGAGUGGAUUGAGCUGGACACAUUCAACAACGCCAUCGCCACUUUCUCUGAGGAGGACUUUUUGGCAGCUGGUCUGACCAAGGAGGACAUGUCUCUGAUUCAAUUCAUGGCACAGCAAGAGCAAGGACACGCCACUCUUUUGUCAAACAUGCUUGGCGAGACUGCUGCUCCGCAAUGCACAUACAAUUACCCGUACUCCAAUGUUCGGGAGUUUGUUGACUUUAACCAGAUCUUGACUCGCUUCGGUGAGUCUGGUGUUUGGGGCUUCAUCAACCACCUUGACUCCCGCGAGGUCGGUCAGCUUCUCGCCCAGUCAAUCGCUACCGAGGCUCGCCAGGAGAUGAUUUUCCGCCAAAUGUCAGGUCUUCACCCUAUGCCAGUGUGGUUUGAGGCUGGAAUCCCACAAUCGUGGGCCUGGACCUUCUUGGCUCCAUACAUCAGCUCCUGCCCAGAGGGAACCACCCGUCUCGCAUGGCAAAACUUCCCUGCGUUGCACGUAGUCAACCAGGCCAACAUCAACCGCGUCUCCCCCAACGACACCGGGGACUAUGAGCGUGUCGACAACCGCACUUCCAGCCCAGCUACUAUUCCUGACCAGGAAGACAGCUGCAUCAACGUCAACACCACAGGCUAUAGCUGCGGCCCUGCCAUCGCCCGCAACCGCUCCGAGCCUUUGUCUUUCCCCGGCAAGCAGAUUCGUCUUUCCUGGGAGGUUCCCGGUCAGGCCGUUGGACCCAACAACAGCUACAUCACAGCCACUUCUGCUGGAGCUCCCACUUGGGUUGCUUGGGCUAACCAGCUGAACCUCACAUACACUCCUUUGACGGUUACGGGCGCGAACGAGGGUUUCACGUACCAGCCUGCUGGACAAGUUUAUGAGAAUGGGCAGGGGAUCGUCAACGAUACCAUGUUCAUUGCUUUGACUGAUUCGGAUAUGUUCUUGACGCCGUUCAACUUGUCGAUGAUCAAUCCGCACGUGGUUGCCCUUGGUAUUUACCAAGCUGGUUGA